AUGCAGGGGAAUAGGACCAUCUACAAAGCGCACCAAAAAUACGGACCCAUCGUUCGAUUGGAGCCAUCAGAAAUAUCCGUAAAUUGUGUCGACGGCGGGAUUCGGACUGUCUAUGCUGGUGGGUUUGAAAAACGUGACUGGUACCCUCGCGUGUUCGGUGCUUACGGGUAUCAUGUUCUCAACGGAGGGGACCAAACCCCAUUCGGUGCGCAAACAUAUUCCAAAUUUUAUCUGCAAGCUUCUCCACACAUGGCCGCAAUAUCGCAGGCUAUCAUAUGCCGACAUCUCCUACCAGUUCUCCAGCAGAACAUACAAUUUCAGGCCAAUGUAGAAGUUCAUGGGCUUAUCAAUGCUAUAGCGAUGGAUUUUGUUCCCGCAUAUAUAUUUGGGCUCGCAUCUGGCACCAAUUUUUUGGAGGACAUUCCUACCGCGAGAGAUUGGUUCAGAGUCUAUCAGUCACGAAAGCCAUUUGAAUUCUUUUACCAAGUUCCCAGGAUGACGUAUUUGGCCAAAAUGCUAAAGAUCCCAUUAAUUUCCAAAUGGAGUGACAAGGCUAACCAAGUUAUGGAGAACUGGGGGUUGGAGAUGAUCGAUUAUGCGGAAAAAUUUCUUGCAUCGACAGAUCCGGCCUGCGAACCGGUUUCAUUGAAGCAACAGCGUCUCGAGUUAGCCUGCGAGAUGUUGACCAUCUUGCCGCUAAUCAUGAAACUAGCGCUGUUGCCCUUACUUAUUUUCACCGGGAGCUAUCGAGGAAUCCUGAUUUGCAGGGAGAGCUUCGAAGAAUUGGAGACGCUUUCACCAAAAAUAAUAGCCCAAUCAGUCCCUGAAAUCCCAACCGAGUUACCGCACCCAAAAGCUAUCGAUGCUUUACCACUUUUGGGUGCAAUCGUUAUGGAAACGCUUCGCCUCCACUCUCCGAUCCCAGGUAUACAACCCCCAAUAACGCCAGCACCAUCUACAACUCUCGCGGGAUACGAUGAUUUUAAAUUCCUCGGAAAACUCGAGUAA